CGCGCAACAGCAGGCGAGGGCGGGCUAGGGGCAGGGCUCCCUCGCAGGGGGCCGGGCUAGCCAUGGCAGAGGACGGCGAGGGGGCGGAGCUCUGCUUCACCGCGCUCUAUAUAAGCGGGCAGUGGCCACGGCUGCGCGGUGGUACUGACCUUCAGUGUGUCGGAUCUAGCGCCAUGGCGCCCUCCAGGAAGUUCUUCGUGGGGGGCAACUGGAAAAUGAACGGGCGGAAGCAGAAUCUGGGGGACCUCAUUAACACCCUGAACGCGGCCAAGGUGCCGGCCGACACCGAGGUGGUGUGCGCGCCCCCCACUGCCUACAUCGACUUUGCCAGACAGAAGCUUGAUCCCAAGAUCGCUGUGGCUGCACAGAACUGCUACAAAGUGGCCAAUGGCGCCUUCACUGGGGAGAUCAGCCCUGGCAUGAUCAAAGACUGUGGAGCCACGUGGGUCGUCCUGGGACACUCGGAGAGAAGGCAUGUCUUUGGGGAGUCAGACGAGCUGAUUGGACAGAAAGUGGCCCAUGCCUUGGCAGAGGGACUUGGAGUGAUCGCCUGCAUUGGGGAGAAGCUGGACGAGAGGGAAGCUGGCAUCACGGAGAAGGUCGUGUUUGAGCAAACCAAGGUCAUCGCAGAUAACGUGAAGGACUGGAGCAAGGUUGUCCUGGCCUACGAGCCUGUGUGGGCCAUUGGGACUGGCAAGACCGCAACACCCCAACAGGCUCAGGAGGUUCACGAGAAGCUCCGGGGAUGGCUGAAGUCCAACGUCUCUGAUGCAGUGGCUCAGAGCACCCGUAUCAUUUAUGGAGGUUCUGUGACAGGGGCGACCUGCAAGGAGCUGGCAAGCCAGCCCGACGUGGACGGCUUCCUCGUGGGUGGUGCUUCUCUCAAGCCUGAGUUCGUGGACAUCAUCAAUGCCAAAUAAGCCCCAUCCAUCCCCCCUGCCCUGCCUGCUAAGCCAGAAGGCAGCCCAGAAGCCAAAUAACUGCCCCCACCUUGCACCUGCUUCUGAUGGUGUCCUCUGCCCUGUGGCCUCAUCCAAACUGUACCUUCCCCAGAAGUGGCUGGGACCAGGCCAACCCCUUCUCACGAUAAUGGUUGGAACUAAACAUGUCACCAAGGUGGCUUCUCCUCGACUGCGAGGUAGAAGGGGUGGAGCUUACUCAUGGGUCCCCGCAGGCCCCGGUGAGGGUUAAGAGAGAGAAACCAUCUUCCUCUGCCGUCUACCAUCGUGGGGCCAAGACCCCCCCAAGGCCGGGGUGCUACCCUCCCACGGUGCCGACGCCUGUGUGUUGUGUCUGUGAGCUGUCCCCUGUGAGGGCAAUAAACACCUGGCUCUAG